AUGGCAGAACUUUCGACAUGCCUUCCAUUGACCAGAGAGUCCACCCUCAAGGCCCAUGAGCUGAUCAAACCUUUUAUCCACCGCACUCCGGUGCUCACAAGUAGGGCAUUGAACCAGAUGGCAUCAACUCCUCGGGCUCGGGGAAAGGAAGAUUGCCAGCCUGCAAAGCCGAUCAUCCGACUAUGGUUCAAAUGUGAGAACUUGCAGCGCGUAGGGGCUUUCAAAGCCCGCGGUGCAUUCCACGCCAUCGAGAGGCUGAAGCAGGAUCCCAGCUUCAUCAAGAGGGGCGGCAUAGAAAAAGGAGUCGUAGGAUUCAGUGCAGGUAAUCAUGCCCAGGCGCUCGCUCUUGCUGCUAAGGAGAGUGGCAUACCAGCGUACAUUGUCAUGCCUGACAUUACGCGGCCGAACAAGAUCGCAUCUACGAAGGGCUAUGGAGCCAACGUCAUUGUCUGCCCACGGUUCGAGCGAGAGACUACCGCCGCCAAGAUCGUUGCCGAGAAGGGUGCCCGUCUUGUGCCACCCUUCAAUCAUCCAGAUGUCAUCCUCGGACAGGCCACUGUCGGUCUGGAGCUCCAAGAGCAAGCUGACAAUCUCGAUGCCAUCAUCGCGCCUUGCAGCGUCUUAGCUUUUUUAUUUAUUUCGAUCCUUACUAUCCGCGCGUCUCUUACCCUUCUUAUUCUGUAG